GGGAGGGCGCCACUUGCUCUGCCGCCUCUUGACCAGACGCUUCUCUCCGACAAGUUCUGUGGGAGCAAGCGGUCCGGUGGUGGGGAGUGCCAGCUGAUCUCUCACCAGGACUCAAAGCGUAAAGCCAUCGUGAAAUUCACCUCUAAACAAGUGCGGGACAGUGUCUUGGCUAAAGGUGAGCACGUGAUUGACGUGUCCAGUGAUGAUAAGGUGGAGGUGCACGUCACUGCCUUCACGGCCUCAGCCAAUGACAAAAGUGAAGAGAGUGAAAAGGCAAAGGAAACCCCAUUGGAUAAAUCAACAGAUACGCCAGAGAAACCCAAGCCUUUCAAUGAGACACUGAAUGAAUAUUUGCUAAAGUUUAUCACAUCGAAUGAAGAGCACAAGUUAGCGCUGGAAAGAGCCCUGGAAAAAUCCAGAUGCAAAUGCACGGUGUUGUUGGAUGUUAAUACCAUCUCAUUCUUACCAGUAAAUGAGUCAAUUACAGACCACAAUGAAUGGCAAGGUUUGGUUACAAAGAUGUUUACACAAUUUAUGGAGGGUUAUGCUCAUGAAACAAUAACAUGCACAGAAAAAGAAUGGAAGGAGGUAGAAAGAAAGAUUGAGCAAAAAAUGGAUGUAGAAGUGUUGUAUAUGAAUGGCAUACAACUGACGGGGAAAUCUGAUGAAGUAAAACAAGUAAAACAAAAAAUAAAAGACAUCAUGAGCGAGUUUAAUCGAAGUAUUUUAUCUAUGAACAUUGAACCUCAUUAUUUUUAUUUGCUACAAGAUAAGCUCUGCAUGAGCUUUCCAGGUGUACAAUUUCACAUGGAUAGCAAAGCAUCAACAUUAUACCUCAAGGGAAAUGCCAGAAAAGUUGCAGAUGCCAAAAUAUAUAUAGAAUCCAGCAUAGAAAACUCAGACAAAAACAAAUGUAGCUUUGGAAGUUAUCUGAACGACUUUAUAAGAAAGACUGACAUCAAUGCCUUGGUGCAAAUGCACUUUACUGCUAAUAACAUUAAAGCCCUUUGUGGAUUUGAUGAAAAUGAAAUCUACAUUUAUUCAAUAGAGGGUUAUUCUGAACAGGCCCAUGACAUUUUAAAUCGCAUCUUAAAGGAUCUGCUUUUUCUGGUUACUAAAAAGCAUGUAGCUGUCAUGAAAAGUGAACAGUGGAAUGUGUUUUUUGAAAAACUAGAGCACACAUUUUCUUCUGGAAAUAUUAAAUGCAUAUUCACUCUUUCAAAGCACAACGAUGGCACCUGCCGUGCAAUUUACAUCGCAGGGAUAGCAGAGGCAGUAGAAAAGGCAGAUAAGGAGUUGACAAGCUAUUUUAAAGACAACACUGCUGAAGAAAUAAUUCCUUUACAGAAUGAAGCAUUGUGCAGUUGCAUCAUUGAAUACCUGAAGAUCAUCGAACAUCCUCCAUUCAAAAGUGUUUCUAUAGAAAGGCAUGAUUCACUGAUGGAUAUCGUUAUUACGGGCCACAGUGAAGAGGUAGAGAAACACAAGCAGUCUAUAAAUAAUGUGGUUUCAAAAGUCAACAAAGAACUUGGGGGAAAUGAGAGUGGGGUACCAGAUGCAAAGAGCAUCUCUAUGUUCCUAGAUAAAUACAGAGGGCGUAACUCUCGAUUUCUUACUCAGAAUCAUGAAGAAUUUGCUUCAGUGGCAGGUGCUUCAGAAAGACCAGUUGCAACUCAACAAAGGCCUCCUGUAAGAUUGCCUGGCAAUCGAUUUCUAUUUGUGCAUGAAGACGACAUUUUAAAUAUGAAUGUGGAUGUGAUUGUAAAUGCAGCAAAUGAAGAUUUACAACAUUUCGGGGGGCUCGCUAAAGUACUGUCUUAUGCAGGAGGUACAGUCAUUCAGCAGGAGAGUGAUUCUUACGUCAGAAAGCAUGGAAAAGUGCCUACAGGAGAGUUGGCCAUAACGGGGCCAGGCCGCCUGCCAUGCAAGAAGGUGUUUCAUGCUGUCGGACCUGCAUGGGGAGAUUACCAGUCUAAUACAUCUCUAGGAAUUUUUCUUCUUCGAAAGGUUGUCAUGAAUGCGUUAAAGAAGGCUGAUGAAAAAGGUUUCAAAUCCAUUGCAAUUCCUGCUAUUAGUGCUGGAAUAUUUUCCUUCCCACUGGAUAUCUGCUCUCAAGAAAUUUGCCGUGCUAUUUUUGACUACUGUAAAAGAACUCACGAUUGCCCGAAAACCCUGACUGAUAUUCACAUCGUGGAUAUAAAUCACGAAUUUAUUUAUAAGUUGAGAAAAACCAUAGAGCUUACAAUGAACCGCAAGGACCGAUCAGAAGAGCAGUCAAGUAAAACCCAUAAAAUGCAUGAAGAAGAAGAAGAGGAUGAGGGCCCAAACAAAAAAUGUAAAUUUGCUUGUCAUGAAACUGAAGAGAGAGUCACUGCUUGGGGAAAUCGUCAAACAAAGGAGACAUUUUCUGCAGAAAUGGACGACAUUCACAGAAGCUCUUUUACCACGAAUGAAGGGAGAAAGAUACAAGUUGUAUUUGGAAAUAUUGAAGAUGAAACGACUGAAGUUAUCGUGAACUCCACGUCUAUUGAAAUGAAACUUCACAAUGGAGGUGCAACAUCUGCUGCCCUUCUUCGUAAAGCUGGGCCUGCACUCCAGGAUGAACUUAACAGAAAAAAACCCCGUCACAUUGGUCAUGGAGACAUCAUAAGCACAGACACCUCAAAAUGUCUAUCUUGCAAGGAAGUGUACCAUAUUGCUCUGCAAUCUGUUAUAAACAAAGGGUCUGUGUACAAAAUGACACUGGAUUGCCUGAAGAAAGCUCACAAAGCAAACGUGACAUCCAUCUCCUUCCCAGCCCUGGGCACUGGGAAUUUAAACUACCCGCCACAGCAGGUUGCUAGUGCCAUGCUGUCAGCUGCCAUCCAGUUCAGCAAGGAGCAUGAAGACAACAUUCUUCAGCUCAUUCGAUUUGUGAUCUUUAGCUCUAAACCAGACAUAUUUAAGGCUUUUGAAAACGAAAUAUCGAGUUCCAUAUCGGACUCCAAAGCCAGAGCGCCCAACCUUAAGCAGGAGGAAAGGUUUCAAACUGGCGGAGAGCAUAUUAAGAAUCCAUUUAAAAUACAGGGAAUUACUGUUGAGCUGUGCAGUGGUGACAUCACUCAAGAGAAGACGGACGCCAUCGUCAACUCCACAAACGCGACGAUGAGUGUGACCAAAGGAAUUUGCAGUGCUAUCCUUAAGGCUGCUGGACUUAGGAUUAAAGAUGAAUUCUCAAAAGAAAAUCCCAAGUUCGGAGACAUUGUUGUGACCACAGCAGGCCAUUUGGAGUGCAAAUAUAUUUUGCACAUUGCAGGCCUUCCGCAUAAUAUUGAACAAACCUGUUCAAGAAUUCUACAUGAAUGUCAAAAGAAAAAUAUUAAAUCUGUGUCUUUUCCAGCAUUUGGUACAGGUGAGGCGAAGCUAUCACCUCAGAACGUUGCUUCUAGUAUGCUAAACGCAAUCCAUGCGUUUGCAAAAAAACAACAACCUACAAUUGUGACCAACAUACGCAUUGUGUUUGUUGAAAAUUCGCUUUUGAAGGUCUUCCAAGACGUCUUUCAUGGAAGCAUUCACUAACAUCACUUAGCUGCACUGAACACUUACGUAAUAGUGUUGUUUGCUGCCAGAUUACACUUUUUUGUUUUCAUCACUAAUCUAACUUGAUAUCCGUUGGGUGUUUAUCCACAUCUAAAUGUAUGUCUAUCAUGAGAUAUUAAAAUAUACAGUAAGUUAUCUAUUUACGUUGGGGAUGCAUCCUUGGAAACGUGACAUGAGGCGAAACAUAAAUCUAAACAUCUAUUUUACCGUUGACUUAAUUACGUUUCUGGGGUAAAAUUUUCGUCAAAAUUUGCAGAAUAAAUAUUAAGUCUUAAAAAGAUUCCUAUAAGUAUGUUACAUAACACGCUUAAAUAAAUAAGUUAAAACAUAGAGCUCACCAGAGAUGGUGGCGGAUAUUGCACAAACAGGGACUCACACUUGAUGCAGCUAAUUCGGCUGUGACGGUCCCACCUGAUGACGGAGGCUUGUGUUGCCUCCGAAACGUCGUGAUUUUUGUUUUAUUUUUUUUUAUUUUCAUUAAUUUUGAUGUUAUACCUACGUGACUUUACCGAAAAAACCUAAGAAUAUGAAUCCUUGCAGUCACGAAAGCUUCAAAUCUAGAAUUAUAAAUUUCUAUAUAACUUGAGCCAUCAUUUGUGGCCAGGUCGCUUCUGAAAAAAAGACACAUAGCUCAGUGGUCCUUACCUGGUAAUUAUUAGCUUACAACUCAUGCUCAUAAUACUGCACGAAAAACGAGACUGUAUAUUAACAACUCCUAUAUUGCCAAACAAAAAUUACAUUAAAAUGGAUUUCCCCAAGCCCCAAAUACAUGAUUAUCUUCAUUGUAAGGUCUUGCAAUGUGGCCACUUUAGAAUGCUUAUAAAUUGCGUUUAAAUGGAAAUGGUAUGUAAUUUUAUGUAAUUUAUAACAUGGCAUUAAAUAUGUGCAAAUAAUCA